GAGGAGAGAGCGAGAGUGUGUGCGCGUGUAUUUCUGUUUGAGACAGCGAGAGAGAUUUCGCGCAUUCUCACGUUGGUUUCUCCAGAGGAAGGGGCGGGUUCCGCGUCGUUGGUUAUCCGGACUAGUGUCGUCGCAGCCCGGGGACAGAAGCCGAAGUGAAGCUUGUCCGGACCAGCGGGAGACGCGAGGAAAGUGACCGCGGCGGGGACGACCAGAAGCGGCCGAGAUGCCUCUUGCACAGUUGGCGGAUCCCUGGCAAAAAAUGGCUCUGGGGAAGGUGGUGAGCGAGGAUACCCAUCACGUUUUGGAGGAUUCUGUGGGGGAUGAUGAUUCUGUUCCUGUCUCUAUGGAGGAAGUCCCCAUGAAGGAGAUCAACAUCACCCUGCACGUGAAGGAGGGGUCGGAGCGGGCCGACCCGCGGCAGUUUGAACUGCGCAAGGUCCUGGGACAGGGCUCCUUCGGCAAGGUGUUUUUGGUGAGAAAGAUCACAGGACCAGAUGCAGGCCAGUUGUAUGCCAUGAAGGUUCUGAAGAAGGCCACGCUUAAAGUGCGGGACAGAGUGAGAACUAAGAUGGAGAGAGACAUCUUGGUGGAGGUCAACCACCCCUUCAUCGUCAAGCUGCACUAUGCAUUCCAGACCGAGGGGAAGCUGUACCUGAUCCUGGACUUCCUGCGUGGAGGAGAUCUGUUCACAAGGCUCUCCAAGGAGGUGAUGUUCACUGAAGAGGACGUCAAGUUCUACCUGGCGGAGUUGGCCCUGGCGCUGGACCAUCUGCACGGUCUGGGAAUCAUCUACAGAGACCUGAAGCCCGAGAACAUCUUGUUAGAUGAAGAAGGACACAUCAAACUCACAGACUUUGGCCUGAGCAAGGAGGCCGUCGACCAUGAGAACAAGGCGUACUCGUUCUGCGGGACGGUGGAGUACAUGGCCCCUGAGGUGGUCAACAGGAGAGGACACACGCACAGCGCUGAUUGGUGGUCCUACGGCGUGCUCAUGUUUGAGAUGCUGACAGGGACUCUCCCCUUCCAGGGGAAGGACAGGAAGGAGACCAUGACCAUGAUCCUAAAGGCUAAGUUGGGGAUGCCACAGUUCUUGAGUUCAGAAGCCCAGAGUCUCCUCAGGAACCUGUUCAAGCGGAACCCGGCUAACAGGCUAGGAGCGGGACCAGAUGGUGUGGAGGAGAUUAAAAGACAUCAUUUCUACAACACCAUUGACUGGAAUAAGCUCUUCCGCAGGGAGAUCCCUCCUCCUUUCAAACCCGCCUCAGGCCGUCCCGAUGACACCUUCUACUUCGACCCAGAGUUCACCGCCAAGACCCCAAGAGAUUCUCCAGGAGUGCCUCCCAGUGCCAACGCCCAUCAGCUCUUCAGAGGCUUCAGUUUUGUUGCGAUAACGGAGGAAGAAACUCAACCAUUACCAAAUGUCAUAGUAAAGCAGCUGCACAGAAGCACGUCUCAGUUCUCGGACGCGUAUGACAUCAAGGAGGACAUCGGCGUGGGGUCGUACUCCAUCUGCAAGCGCUGUUUGCACAAAGGCACCGGCAUGGAGUACGCGGUCAAGAUCAUUAGCAAGGCCAAGAGGGACCCCACGGAGGAGGUGGAGAUCCUCCUGAGAUACGGCCAGCACCCUAACAUCAUCACCCUCAAAGACGUGUUUGACGACGGGCGCUCCGUCUACCUGGUCUCUGAGCUGAUGAAGGGCGGCGAGCUGCUGGACAAGAUCCUGCGGCAGAAGUUCUUCUCGGAGAGGGAGGCGAGCGCCGUGCUGUACACCGUCACCAAGACCCUGGAGUACCUCCACGUCCAGGGGGUGGUCCACAGAGACCUGAAGCCCAGUAACAUCCUGUACGUGGACGAGAGCGGGAACGCCGAGUCCAUACGCGUCUGUGACUUUGGCUUCGCCAAGCAGCUCCGCGCCGAGAACGGCCUUCUGAUGACGCCCUGUUACACCGCCAACUUCGUGGCCCCCGAGGUGUUGAAGAAGCAGGGAUAUGAUGCGGCCUGCGACAUUUGGAGCCUUGGAGUCCUGCUAUACACCAUGCUCACAGGGUUCACUCCCUUUGCGAACGGCCCAGAAGACACCCCCGAGGAGAUCCUGGCUCGGAUAGGCAGUGGGAAAUUCUCCCUGAGUGGAGGGUACUGGAACUCUGUCUCCACUGAGGCCAAGGACCUGGUGUCCAAGAUGCUCCAUGUGGACCCCAGCCAGCGGCUGACAGCAGGACAGGUGCUCCGGCACCCAUGGGUGAUACACCGCGAACAGCUGCCAAAGUACACCCUCAACCGACAGGACGCCCCACACCUUGUCAAGGGCGCCAUGGCCGCCACCUACUCGGCCCUCAACAGGAACGUGUCCACGGUCCUGGAGCCAGUGGGCUGCUCCACCCUGGCCCAGCGGAGGGGCCUGAAGAAGCUCACCUCGACCGCUCUGUGACCUCAUCACCCCCCCCCCCCCCCCCCCCCCCCCGCCGCCGCCUCCAUUCCCUGAGCACCCCCACUCUGACCUCGAUCUGAGCUCCCGUCGGACCCCGCUGGUCUCAGGGACAGACUACUGAUGGACCUAGCAACCUUUGACGCCAAAAAGAUAACGAAUCAAAACAGCCUCUCUGUCUCCCUCCUCUCUCUCCCCCUCUCUCUCUCUCUCUCUCUCUCUCUCCCGGGGCCCGGACCGCCGUGGACCAUUCCGAAAAAAAUAUUUUGUCUUACUGUAGCCUUGUUAGAAUCCAUGCUAGCCCUCUGCGUUCCAGAACAGACAGCUGGGCCGGAGAGGUGAGCGAUCAAAUAGCUACCGACAUGAGCGCAUUAGCAAAUGGCUGAAAGGAGCUACAAGUUAGCGGCUAGCUGAGAGGAGCUCGUUUGUAGCUUACUGGAAGGAGCUAUUAGCAGCUAGCUGAAAGGAGCUAGUUAGCAGCUAGCUGUAAAGAGACAGUUAUUAGCUGACUGAAAGGAGCUAUUAGCAGCUAAAAGCUGAAAGGGAAAAUUUAAUCCUUUCCGUCUCUUAACUAGCGUGGUGUCUUCUCAGUCCCUGUUUCGGACAAUCAAGCCUUGCCUUCUUGAAACCAGAGACUCUUAAGGUCAGGACAAACCAAGACAACAUCAAACGUGCUGUAUUUAUUCCCAAAUAUUGAGGAACAUUAAACAAUAGCGUAUCAUUAAUCUCAUGUAUGCAUUUCAAAGACCUACAAUCAAUGUUAUUAUACCUAUGUAUUGUACUGAGGAGUUAUAUCAUGCAUUUAAAAGCCUCAAGCAGCCUCUGGUGAUGACCCUGUCAGCAUAUAGAGUCAGAGCAAGCGUAUUGAAGUCAGCCCCUGAACCCUCAUUGGCUGAUUGAAUAGGCCUCGCUAUUCGCUGCGUUCAUUUGCACCGUGGAAACUUGGAAAGUGCAACUUACACUUGGCAAUUCGGCAUAACAAAAAUAUCGCUCACCCUCCUUGCAUCGUUACUCCCAAGCUCUAGGCCUUUCUGCUGUUAAGCUAGUUGCAAAUCAGAAGGUUGGUCUAUCCAACCCUGUGAGGGAAGGUUAGGCGUCAAAUUGAUAAAUGAGCCAAAAAGAUGCAUGAAAUUGGCCCAACCGAUAUAUAGAACAUGGAGGCCAUGCCUGUUCUACCCCAUGUAAAGAAUCUGGUCAACUCUUCUAGCCUAUCAAAGCCUCCAAUCAUCGACGUCACCCUCGGCCCCAAACUGGCCUCUGAAGGGCCACAGGGCUGUGGAGCGUAUACACGGGGGAACCAUUUCCACCUCCGGCUGAAAAUGGCCGACUCAAGAGAGGACGAGGGACAGGGGUGUAGAACACAAGGCAGGAGGGGAUCCGAACCUUCUCCCUCCUCGAUGCCCAAGGCCAGAGCCAACGGUGUCCAUAUGUGUGUGUGUGUGUGUGUGACAGGGUCGGAGUUAGGGAGGAGGAGGGGCGGGGGGGGGGACUGAAGUGUAAAUAUGCGUUAGGCAACUCAGGUUUCUAUGAAAUGAAAAGACAAUGCUAUCUAUUGUUUCUCUCUCGAUGCUCAGCUGGAGCUGCUUUAGACACAAGCACACCUGGUGGGGGGCCGGUGUAGGCAUAGGAACAGCCGGGCGGCGAGCAGGCAGAGCGGCGUCUCACCAGGGAAGCCAACCCUUCCAAAGGAAAUGACAGGCAACGUUAGUGUAAGUUCUACUGUAUUAAAUAGCAACCACAAAAUGCUUGAAACCCAGGCUGUACGAGUGUUUCCAUUCCAUCACUGUUGCUUUACUCCUGCCUCGGAACAAUCCCGCGUGUGGGACCGGUCUCUGUGUGUGUGUGUGUGUGUGUGUGUGUGUGUGUGUGUGUGUGUGUGUGUGUGUGUGUGUGUGUGUGUGUGUGUGUGUGUGUGUGUGUGUGUGACUGCAGGAGUACACUGUGUGGCGCUCUCUCUAGGAUUAUGAAUUUGUUUUAAGGCACAUGCUGUUGCACGUUGUAUGGUGUUCCUGUUGGUAUUAGGAAUGAUGUUGAAAUUCCUCUCGUUGCAAUCUCCCGCUAAGUUGUAACCUUCCAAACUCCUGUCUGUCAAACAGCUGAAUGUGUAGCAGUGAUGGGUCCUUAAGGUAUCAUCAUCAUCAUCAUCAUCAUCAAAUAGCUAUAAAGCUUAUCGACUUGAUUAGCAGGAGACAGGAGUCCACUUAUAGUUGACCCACUAACUAAUUAGAAUGACUUGAAUGUUGUAGGUAAACCCUGAGGGAAAAAUCCACAUUUCACGCACAUCCCUACACUGGUCAGUAGACCAUAGGACAAAGGGACCUCCCUUAAAACGACUGUGGGAUUCAGGAUCUUGCUCAAGGGCACUCCAAACAGCUGUGACCUAUGUUGACAGUGAGGCUAUGUUAUAUGUUUCAAUGUGUUUGUAGACCACAGUGGAAGUCUAUGGCACUUACCGUAAACACAGUCCUUGUACGCAGCAUCAAAACAUUGCAGUUCUGGGGUCGUUUCCACAGGUGAUUUGUAGCAAUAACGAAAUCACAGAAUUAUGCCAGCCUUACCACGUUUAAUCUACCAUUACUGUAACCCAGUCCUGGACCUGUCUGUGCCUAUGCUACUGGGCAAAGCUCCCACAGUCUGAGACAUAGCAGCCAUUGUAUUCUGAGCAGACAAUCAAUCCAUGGCUCAUGCCAACCUAGAUCCGGUUAGCGAAGACCCAACUAUGUCUUGGACUUCAAGAACUCCCUCCUGCUUAAUAGCUAAGCUUAUUGGUUAGAUAAAAUGCAUCAAACCUAAUGCUGUGGUAAUCUCAAGCCUCGCUCACUCUCUGUAAGUCAUUUGAAUGUUUGGUAACAUAAAGGGAUGUAUCUGUAUAACAUGGGAGAAAAACAAAAAAAAUAAAAUUUCUUUGCAAAUUUAUUUUAUAAAUAUAUAUAAAUAAUAGGGUAUAUAAUGUGCAUAGCAUCUUCACCUCAAUCAUCAUUUAGUGUACAUAUUUGGGGAAGGAGUGUAAGUAAUGAUUGUUGAAUGAUUUUUUUCUUUCUCGUUGACUAUGAAUAGAGGAAUUUCUUUUUCUCCCUUUGGGGCUAACUUGUGUUCCCCUACAUCGCUCAUUUGACCUCCAGAGGUUCACACACCACUUUGUGUAUUUUAUUUAGCCCUGCUGCUAGUCGAACUCUCCAUUUUUAUAUCUGCAGUGAGAGUCAGACUUUGUAUUGAAAAUAAAAAAAGGUCUUUGACAAAAAAUAG